AUAUUAAAGUGUAAAAUUGAACACAAAAUAACUCAUUCUAUUUUCUAUUCCACGUACGAUUUGGAAAUUGUCCAGAAGAAUUUUGUUUUGUUUAUCGUUGAUCUGACACGUGUUUUGCCAACGUCGUCUGCUGUAAUUAUGAAUGUUUGCGGUUUCGAUGUGAAUUUUUAUUUUGUGUAAGUUCAAAUACACAGGAGACACAUUUCUCUCGUUAGUUAUGUUAGGUCACGAAUAUAUUAAUUACUUUGCGAUUGGAAUAUUCUCUGCAGUAACCAUCAUGUUAUUUAACUUAAUAAACGAAGUACAACAUGAACCUUAUUUGGACGAAGUUUUUCAUAUUCCUCAAGCACAGAAGUAUUGUAGUGGAAUGUUUUAUGAGUGGGACCCCAAGAUCACUACAUUGCCGGGGCUCUACUUGGUCUCUGUGGGAGCCCUGACUCCUCUCACGGCUCUGAUGGGCUGCGACAUGUGCAGUCUGUACUUCCUGCGGUUCGUUAAUGUCGUCGGCUCCAUAGCCAACUUUUAUGUGCUCUACUGCAUACAAACUAAGCUGUAUCCAUCAAGGAAGGAGUUAAAUCUGGUAUCGACCCUGAACCUGGCAACAUUCCCAGUGCUGUACUUCUUCACGUUCCUGUACUACACUGACGUGUUGUCGACACUGCUGGUGAUGCUAAUGUAUCUGCUGCACUUGCAUGAGCGCAGGUUGCUCUCCGCUGCUACAGGUCUCUUGGCUGUGGUUACACGCCAGACCAAUAUAAUUUGGGUUGGUUUCGUUCUGCUCGAGACGGUUGCCAAAGUCCUGACACGCUCGGCCGAGCGACGAGGCAGAAAAACAGCUGGCUCCGAUGACGGAGUUCUCCACCAUUUGAAGUUUCUAGCGGAAGCAGUUUCGAGUGCUUGGAAGGACUCGUCUUUUGCAGCAUUGGUGAAAGAUCUUAUUCGAGAGACUGUGUUUACGUGUGCAGUUUGUGCUGGCUUCCUUUGCUUUGUGGCGUGGAACAAGGGGAUAGUCGUCGGUGACAAGACGGCCCAUCAAGCGGUUCUGCACUUCCCUCAGCUCUGCUACUUCUCGCUGUUCUCCCUGUUCUUCGGCUUCCCGUUCCUGCUGGCCGACGCGGGGAGCGUCUUCAGCCGGCUCAGGACUCGCAAGGUGCAAACCGCGUCCCUCCUGGCCGUUACGCUGAUCGUGAUCCACUUCAACACCCACGUGCAUCCGUACCUGCUCGCCGACAACAGGCACUACACCUUCUACGUGUGGAAACGCGUUUACGAGCGCCACCUCCUCGCCAGAUACCUGCUCGCACCCGUCUACCUCUUCGCCGUUUCCGCCUCGCUCGGGGCCCUGGCGGACGGCAGCGCGACGGUGCGGCUCCCCUUUGCGCUGUGCGUGGUCUUGUCCCUGGUGCCGCAGAAACUGUUGGAGUUCAGGUACUUCAUCCUGCCGUACCUCCUCCUGCGACUGCAUGUUUCGCGCCUGUCGUGGUGGCAGCUCCUGCUGGAGUUCGCAGUCUACUCGGCGGUCAACGCUGCAACCAUCUACAUGUUCGUUACGAGGACAUUCACCUGGCCGGAUUCCGAUCAGUUGCACAGAUUCAUGUGGUGACACGGAGUUCUGUUUGGUGUGAAGUGUGAAUGCAUGUUUGUUGCUCGUAAAACAUAAAGACCUCGUCGUGAGCACACUUCUGAAAUUUCUUUAAAAAAAUUAGGGUUUUGUAUAUCUUUUGAAAAUUGAAAUUAUUUUUAAUUCCUGUAAUAAUCAAAUUGAAAUGAAAAGAGACAUUUCACAUGUAAGCUUGGCCUCUAGUGAAACUUGAGCUAAUGUUAAAUUGUAGAGCCAUCUUGCAUUUAAGAUUUGUUAGUUGUAAGGUGCCCUUUGAAAAAAGAUAAAUAUAACAAACACUCAAAUUUAAUAAACAAAAUAUUUAUCAAAAA